GUCGGGGCAGAAGUGACAUCUCGAACGGCUGUAGUGAUGGACAGCUGCCUGAUGAGCCGCCAGAAGUUCCUCUACCACUUCAAGAACGUGCGCUGGGCCCGGGGCCGACAUGAGACCUACGUCUGCUACAUCGUCAAGCGGCGGGACAGCGCCUCGUCCACCUCGCUCGACUUCGGCUUCCUGCGCAACAAGCCGGGCUGCCACGCCGAGAUGGUCUUCCUGCGGCUGCUCGGCCUCUGGCAGCUGGACGCCGACCGCCGGUACCGCCUCACCUGGUUCAGCUCCUGGAGCCCCUGCUACCAGUGCGCCCUGCGGGUGGCCUCCUUCCUGCGGCGCCGGCCCAACCUGCGCCUGCGGCUCUUCGUCGCCCGGCUCUACUACUGCGACGGGACCACCCCCCACCCCGAGGGGCUCCGGCAGCUCCGCAGCGCGGGGGUCCAUGUGGAGGUCAUGACCUACAAGGAUUAUUUCUACUGCUGGAAUACGUUCGUGGACAAGAAUGAGAGGGUGUUCAGUGCUUGGGACGGACUUCACGAAAACUCCGUCAGACUGUCGAGACUCUUGCGGAGAAUCCUGCAGCCGCUGGACGAGAUCGAUGAUUUCACCGAGGUCUUCCAGCUCCUGGGCCUGUGAGGAUCCGCGGGUGCUCCGGGAUGUCCCCCACCCCCCCACCACCCCUCCCCGGGACUGCUCAGGGCACACCAGAGACACGGAAACAACCGAGAAGGCCUCAGGCUUCAGUUUGGCCGUCACGAUCAGGGAUCGGAAGCGGGAAGCUGCAGCUGUUUCAAACCCCCCCCCACCUCUCCCCAUCCCAGGGGUCGGCGGGACGGAGGUGGGGAGGGGGGAACGCUGGGACGAUUCACCCCCUCCCUGCAUCCCUCACCCAGGGGUCGGUGGGACAGGGACCCGGGGCUGAUUCAACCCCCUCCUUCCAACACCACCACAACCACCCCCCUGUCUGUGGCAUGGGAAGACAGGAAACCUCUGUAUGUCAAAUAAAGCAUUAACAAAGUUCUCAUCGAUCUCAAAUCAAAGUAUAAUCAAAAUAAAUAUGUUUAAAGCCCACGUUUUGCGUUGCUUGUGUCCCUAGGCUGCAAUCUAAAUCAAGGCUUAAGAGAGGGAGGGGGAGGGUGGCAUCGAGGGGUUUAUAUAUAGAAUAACAGAUCCCCGGGAGUGGGUUACAGACUAUGAUCUGAUCCAGGGGUUCGGGGGUAUAUAUACAGAAUAACAGAUCCCCGGGAGUGGGUUAUAGACUGGGAUCUAAUCCAGGGGUUCGGGGGGUUUAUAUAUAGAAAAACAGAUCCCCGGGAGUGGGUUACAGACUGGGAUCUAAUCCAGGGGUUCAGUGUGUUUAUAUAUAGAAUAACAGAUCCCCGGGAGUGGGUACAGACUGGGAUCUAAUCCAGGGGUUCGGGGGGGGGGGGGGUUUAUAUAUAGAAUAACAGAUCUCCGGGAGUGGGUUACAGACUGGGAUCCAAUCCAGGGUUUCGGGGGUUUACAUAUAGAAUAACAGAUCCCCGGGAGUGGGUUACAGACUGGGAUCUAAUCGAGGGGUUCGGUGGGUGGGGGGGGGGUUAUAUAUAGAAUAACAGAUCCCCGGGAAUGGGUACAGACUGGGAUCCAAUCCAGGGGUUCGGGGGUUUAUAUAUAGAAUAACAGAUCCCCGGGAGCAGGUUACAGACUGGGAUCUAAUCCAGGGGUUCGGGGGGGGUUUAUAUAUAGAAUAACAGAUCCCCGGGAGUGGUUUACAGACUGAGAUCUAAUCCAGGGUUUCGGGGGGUUUAUAUAUAGAAUAACAGAUUCCCGGGAGUGGGUUACAGACUGAGAUCUAAUCCAGGCGUUCGUGGGGUUUAUAUAUAGAAUAACAGAUCCCCAGGAGAGGGUUACAGACUGAGAUCUAAUCCAGGGGUUCGGAGGAUUUAGAUAUAGAAUAACAGAUCCCCGGGAGUGGGUUACAGACUGGGAUCGAAUCCAGGGGUUCAGUGUGUUUAUAUAUAGAAUAACAGAUCCCCGGGAGUGGGUACAGACUGGGAUCUAAUCCAGGGGUUCGGGGGGUUUAUAUAUAGAAUAACAGAUCCCCGGGAGUGGGUUACAGACUGGGAUCUAAUCCAGGGUUUCGGAGGGUUUAUAUAUAGAAUAACAGAUCCCCGGGAGUGGGUUACAGACUGAGAUCUAAUCCAGGCAUUCGUGGGGUUUAUAUAUAGAAUAACAGAUCCCCGGGAGAGGGUUACAGACUGAGAUCUAAUCCAGGGGUUCGGGGGAGGGUGAUAUAUAGAAUAACAGAUCCCCGGGAGUGGGUUACAGACUGGGAUCGAAUCCAGGGGUUCAGUCUGUUUAUAUAUAGAAUAACAGAUCCCCGGGAGUGGGUACAGACUGGGAUCUAAUCCAGGGGUUCGGGGGGUUUAUAUAUAGAAUAACAGAUCCCUGGGAGUGGGUUACAGACUGGGAUCUAAUCCAGGGUUUCGGAGGGUUUAUAUAUAGAAUAACAGAUCCCCGGGAGUGGGUUACAGACUGGGAUCUAAUCCAGGGGUUUGGUGGGUUUAUAUAUAGAACACCAGAUCCCCGGGAGUGGGUUACAGACUGGGAUCUAAUCCAGGGGUUCGAAGGGUUUAUAUAUAGAAUAACAGAUCCCCGGGACUGGGUUACAGACCGGUAUCUAAUCCAGGGGUUCAGGGGGUUUAUAUAUAGAAUACCAGAUCCCCGGGAGUGGGUUACAGACUGGGAUCUAAUCCAGGGGUUCGGGGGGUUUAUAUAUAGAAUAACAGAUCCCCGGGAGUGGGUUACAGACUGGGAUCAAAUCCAGGGGUUUGGGGGG